GUUCCAAGAGCUCAGGGUAAGCCUCAGUCAGAGGUUGGUAUCAGAGACAGGAAGACAGAAUGCAGCAGGUUGUCAUACUCGCGCUCCUCUUUGGCCUCGUUUGCCUCCUCCAUGGAGUGCCCUUGCUUUCCGAACCUCUCUUCCCCACACAGGAGAACUUCGACCUGACUAAGUUCAUGGGGAAGUGGCAUGAUAUUGCGGUAGCGUCCACCUGGCCCUGGAUGCAACACCACAAGGGAGAUGAAGCCAUCGGAAUCCUGGAGCUGCAGGCCAGCGGCACCGAAGACAAAGUCAGCAUGACAAGGAGCAUGAAUAAGCACGGGACAUGUCAGCAGAUCUCUGGUGAUUACAAGCUGACCGACACACCUGGAAGAUUCACCUACCACAUCGCCAAGUGGGGGGCUGAUGUUGAUGCCUAUGUGGUUGACACUAACUAUGAUGAGUACGCCAUCGUCAUGUUCAGUAAACAAAAAACAGAAGGCGAGAAGACCAAUUCUGCCAAGCUAUACAGUCGCACCAUGGAACUGUCACCCACUAUCCUGGAGGACUUCAGGAGGCUGGUAAAGGAGCAGGGCAUGGCUGACAACGCAAUCAUCAUCAAACAGAACAAAGGGGAGUGUGUACCAGGAACAGAGCCUGUAGCAUCAGAGCCUCAGCCUGAGAUCACAGCACCGAGAGCCAAGAGGAACAUAGUCCUCCCUGAGUUGCCCGCUGAGGAGGGUUCUGGUGCCGGAAUCGUGAUGUUCAGGAGUGAAGAGUCCUGUAACGCCGAACCGGACGCAGGUCCCUGUUUCGGGAUGGUGCAGAGGUACUUCUACAACUCUACCAGUAUGGCCUGUCAGCUGUUCACCUACGGAGGCUGCAUGGGCAACCAGAACAACUUUGUGACCGAGAGGGAGUGUCUCCAGAGCUGUCGCAAUGAGGCUGCCUGUAGACUGCCCAUGGAUUCUCGGCCCUGCACUGGACAGCCCAAGAUCUGGGUCUUCCACUCAAACUCUGGUCUCUGUCUGGAUAAUAAAAAGGACUAUUGCCAGGUCAACAGUAACAAGUUCUACUCAAAGAGGGAGUGUGAGGAGUACUGUGGGGUGAUGAAGGUACAGGAGAAGGGGAGUUCCUCAAAACAAACUAAAGUAGAUGAGAACACAGAACGUACAGCACAGAUCAACCAAAGAUCAACCACAGAACGUACAGCACAGAUCAACCACAGAACGUACAGCACAGAUCAACCACAGAACGUACAGCACAGAUCAACCACAGAACGUACAGCACAGAUCAACCACAGAACGUACAGCACAGAUCAACCACAGAACGUACAGCACAGAUCAACCACAGAACGUACAGCACAGAUCAACCACAGAACGUACAGCACAGAUCAACCACAGAACGUACAGCACAGAUCAACCACAGAACGAACAGCACAGAUCAACCACAGAACGUACAGCACAGAUCAACCACAGAACGUACAGCACAGAUCAGAUCAAUAUGUUAAUCAACAGUAACACACUAUGGAUAUCAUACAUUACCAUAGAGCACAAUAAAAUGAUGGAUGAACCUG